AGAGGCUGGGCGGGACGGUUACAUCCCUGACAAAGGUAACAGGUUGCAGUCCUCCCCGCAUAAUGAACUUGUUGCUGUGUCAGUUUAGAGCUGAGUUGUUUUCCCAACCACUUUAACUUUUCUUUGUGGACUUUGAUGGAUGUUAGAAAUAUCUGAAUCCUCAUCGACUCAAGGGAAGAGACGUUUCAAAGAGGAGCGGAGGAGAAAGAAAGAGAAAGAGCAUGAGUGUCCCAUCCUCAGGCCGGAAGACCCCAGUGGACUACGGUGUCCAGAUCCGCUUUAUCAAUGACCUUUAUGACAGUGGUGGGGGGCAGCCUGGCUUCCAGCCCAAAGCCAAACCUCAGACCACCUCAAAGUACGGAGUGGCAGUCAGGGUGCAGGGCAUUGCUGGGCAGCCGUACGUGGUCCUGAAGGAUGGAGAGAAAGGAGACUCAUAUGGAGUCCAGCUCAAGACGCAUGGUUACAGUAGUCUCCCCCGGAGGAGAGAGAACACAGGGACACAGGGCGCUGACAUAGGAGGAGGAGGACAAGGAGGAGCACUACGCCGGGCCCAGUCUCAAGGCUCGCUGCUGGAUAGGGAUGGAGAGGGAGGAGCAGGCAAUGAAGAAUUUCAGCUGUCCAGGCCACCAGGGGAUGGGAAGUCUGGGAGUUAUGGGAACCUGGAUGGAGGAAUUGGAGUGAGGGGGGAGAGAGAGCAGACCCGGCGUGUCGGUGGUAGAGAGGACAACAUGGAGAGGAAUAUGUGGGAGGGCUCUUACAGAGCUGGGCUCAAUGGGUCGAUGGGGUCAGUCAGAAGUGAUCAGUCUUACCCUGAUCGCCCUCAACAAACCAAUCACUCCAAUCAGAGGCAGACUCCCGUCAACAGACUCAUCAACAGGUUUGAUGGAGGAAACAACGAAGGCCAAGAUCCUAGAGCAACAUCCCCUCUCCUCACCCCAAACCCCUACACCUCACCCCCCUCAUCAGCUCACAGCAGCCUGGGACGUGGCCAGGGCGCCGUCACAACAUUUCCUGCACAAUCAGCCAAUCAGUGGACGUCACCGGGAAGAUACGCCACCGGGGAGACACCGCCUGUCACUCUGACUGAGGCACAAGUGACCCCUGACCUUUUGCUGGACCAGGGUCAGAGCGCAGAGACGAGCAAGGAGGAGGAGCAGGUCAUGCAGACUAUAUACAACAUCCUUAGGCAAGGGUCAAACGAGAGCGAUGUCGUGAUCAAACACAAAGCAAAGAUCAUUUUUCAGAAGAUUCAGAAUCUACAGCCUAAAGACAGAGCCGCUCAGGAGGAGUGGGUGAGAGAGAAGAGGGAUUUUGAAAGAAAGGUGGCGGAACUACAAGCUGCCCUGCAGGCAGAGAGAAGGGACUCUGUUAGCAAUUCUGAUCCCACUCUGAAAGCCGAGCUGGAGUCCUGUCUGGAUGAAAAUCUGCAGCUCCGGGAGAUGCUGGACCGGAAGAAGCAAGAAUUAAAUGAAACACAAUCAGAGCUGACUCAGCUGCGCAUGGAUAGGGAGAAUGCAGAGGCACGGGUCCGAGAAAUGGAAGACCAGCUGUCUGAGUUCCAGGAUGAACUGAGGAGAGAAAGCGGCAACAAGACGGAUCUGAUGUCUUAUCAGGCGCAGCUGAUGGAAGUGUGCCAGCUGAAACAGAAGCUGGAGGAGACACUGAGACAGAGGGAGAGGGAGCUGACCGCUCUGAAGGGAGCUCUGAAGGAGGAGGUGGCCACACAUGACAAGGAGAUUGAGGUGCUCAGGGAGCAGUACAGCACUGACAUGGAGAAGCUCCGCAGCAGCAUGGAGCAGGUGUCUCAGUCUCAUGCAGGGAUCGAGGCCGAGCGUUUGCGUGUAAAUGCAUCCAUUCGCUCCCUCCAGCAGCAGUUAGAAGACUGCAGAGACGAGAGCAGCCACUGGAUGGAGCAGUUUCACGCCACCAGAGACGAACUACGCACAACUAAACAAGAACUCUUGCAAGCCCGUCUGGAAAAAGAGGAAUUUGAGGAGGAGCUAAAGGAGCUGCAGGAGAAAGUGAGCACCAUGAAACAUCAGAUACCUGACCCCAGCGCCACACUGAGUCUCAACCAGGAACUCCAGCGAUGCAAUGCUGAUCUCAAGAAGGCAACGUCUGAGGUGGAGAAGCAGAGGACGGAGUUGGACAAGAAAGUCAUGGAGGUCAUCUCCAUCAAGAAAUCUCACCAGAACCAGGAAGCAGAACUGAAGUAUGAGAUUGACAGGCUGAAGGAGCAGCUACAGAGGGCCAAGGAGGACUUUGUAAAGGCACAGGAGAAAACUAAACGGCUCCCAAGCCCAGCCGUCAUCUCAGAGCUGGAGCAGAAGCUUGAUGAGUCACAAAGUGAGGCUAACCAGCUCAAGGAGAAACUGUUGUUAGCUGAAGAAGACGUUAAGGCCACUACCACACGUCUGAAUAGAGCUCAGACGGACAUUAAAUCACUCGAAGACACACAGCAGGAGCAGCAGGAGGCCAACAUGCGUCUCAGGGAGAAACUGUCACGUUUAGAGGCUCAGCUGCAGAACAAUGCCACAGAGAGCUCUGAGGCAGAGUUCGCCCUCCACACUGAGGCUCAGGCACUGAGGUCUGAGAUGGAUGAAGCCAAGAGAAAAGCUUCCAGACAGAGCCAGGAGCACCGCGAACUGAGCCUGCGUGUGGAGGACAUGGAGAAGGAGAAGGAGACACUGAAACAGAACAUCCACCAGCUGGAGGAGGCUGAACGUCGGCAGGGGAGAGCUCUGGAGAAAAUCAACAAAGAGUACGAGUCUCUGGCACUGUCCUCCAGAGAAGAGGUGCAGGCUCUCAGGGCUCAGCUGGAGGAGCAGAAGGAACGGGCACGGAAGGAAAUGCAGGAGGUGCAACGUCACGGAAACGACGCCCAGAGUGAAAUGGAGAGGAGUCGCUUGAAUCUGAGGAAACUAGAGGAAGAAAUGUCACGGCACAAGAAGGAGCUCCUGCUGGCGUGUGAGGAGAGAGACAACCACCAGCUGGAUAAAGAGCUGAUUUCCAACAGACUGCGCCACCUGGAGGCAGAGCUGGAGGCUGGAAAAAACAGCCUGAAUGAGAAAACCCGGGAGAUUCGCAUCCUGGAGGACAAGCUGAAGCGGCUGGAGCUGGAGCUGGAGGAGGAGAAAAGCAGUGCAGAGAUGAUGACAGACAGGGUGGCCAGGAGCAGAGAUCAGAUUGAUCAGCUGCGCUCUGAGCUCAUGCAGGAGAGAUCAUCCAAACAGGACCUGGAGCUGGACAAGAACUCCAUGGAGAGACAUCUGAAAGAGCUGAGGAGUCGUGUGGUGGACAUGGAGGGCCAGUCUCGCUCCUCAACGGGAGUGUCCCAGCUGGAGAGCAAGAUUCAAGAACUAGAGGAACGCGCACGGAGUGAAGAAAGGGAGAAGAACUCUGUGGUGGCCUCCCAACGACGCCUGGAGAGGAAACUGAAAGAACUCAGCCUGACACUGGAUGAGGAGAGACAGACACACACCGAGCAAAGAGACCAGAUUGCUCUGAAGGUGAAGGCUCUAAAGAGGCAGGUGGAUGAAGGGGAGACCGAGCUGGAGAGGUUAGAUGGACUGAGAAGAAAGGCUCAGAGAGACAUGGAGGAACAGAUGGAGCUGAAAGAGGCUUUGCAGAGCAGAGUCACAGCUCUGGAGACUGAGCUGAAGAGAAAAGCACAAGCAGCAAUGCGGCCCACUUUGGAUUCAUCGGCCCUCAGCUCAGAUGACGACGACAGCCUGUACGAUCCCUCCACCAUCACCUCCAUCCUCACAGAGAGCAACCUCCAGACCAGCUCCUGUUAAGACAAGUACUUCAGGGACAGGGUAAGGGUGGGGAAAAUGUAGCACUAUGUAGGGGAAAAACAAGAGGGAAGUGUAGUUAAACCUCUGUGUAGACUGGGAGUUAAGCCAAAAGGCAUACUGGUGUACACUACAGACAAUGAGGGACCUGGGAGGUAAAGGAUGUACUGUAAAUUUGAGAAGGGGGCUGAUUAUUUUCCACAUCUGAGUGAAUGAAAGGAAGCAAAACAAUGUCUGUGUGUGGAGGAAUUUCCCUCAUUCUACGGCAGACACGGAUCUACUCUAAGGUACGGUUGGAAGGGCAUUGUUGCACACAUGCAAAACACAAGCAAACCCACUACGAGGUAAUCCAUUAAAAAAAAACCACUACAACAGAGGAUCAGUGACUGGGUAAAAAA